AUGGGAUCUUCGCCCAGUCGUCUGGCAACGAACAGAACAACGGAGACCGCCGAUGAGAGGAUCGCCCCUGUUCCGGAAUCUCCUAAACAAAAGGUGGGGUCGCGUCUGGGGAUGCGGAGGGAUCCGUGCGCCGCGUGCGGGCUGCCGGUCUUCCUGGCGGAGAAGCUGCUGAUAGCGCGCGCUCCUUAUCACCGUACCUGCUUCCGGUGUGCACGCUGCGGCAACCAGCUGACGCCGGGCAACUAUUACGAGACCGAGGAGGGCCAGUAUUGCUGCGAGACGUGUCCGGACGAGGAGGUACUGCCCGCCAGCGUGCGUUGCAAGUACGCUGAAUCGACGAUUAUGUCGGGCGCGGAACAGGAGAGGAGUAGUGAACCGUCGAGGCCGCUUAGCGAUGAGGAGAAAACGGAGAGAAAGGAUGUACAGAAUCUACUGGAAAAGGCUAUGGUGCCCGAUCUGAUCUCCCACACAUCGCAGAUGCGCAAGAGUUUCAUGGCCGGCCACCUUCUCUCUGAGAAGAUCGACGAGUCCACCGCGAGAGACACGAAUACAAAGGAUGUCGAGGUCGACUCGGAUUAUCGCGAGGAGGGGAAGAGCAGGAUCGACUCGGCAUUCCCAGACGACGACGAGAAUGAGGAGGAAGAGGAGGAGGAAGAGGAGGAGGAGGAGGGAAAAUCUCGUAGCUCCACGAUGGAUUCCCCAGAUGCGGAGGAAUCCAGCGUCGAGCGAUACAAUGUACAUAGCGCGUUAAAUAGCUUAAACAUUAGAAGCGACGAGGAUCAACAAUCGACUGCCAUUUCAUUCCAUGACGUAGAUAAGGAGAAAAAAGAUAAAGAUACCAAAGAGUCGCCAGGUCGUGCCAAUGAACGAGCCAAUCCCGAAACGAGACUGUCCUUGGUACAGAAGAGACUCCAAAUGUUUGAAGCUCGGGAUAAAAUAGAUUAUACCGAGAGAAUGAUGAAUCAAGGCAAGGUGAAAAGUCCGGUGGCUCAGGGCGAUUCCUGGGACCUGGAACCGGACGUUCUUCGAGUGAAUUCGAAAGAAUGUUCGGAAAAGAGGCUCGAGGAAAACUCGAUGAUUAAAAGUACCGAUAAACGUAAAGACAGUUUUGAGAAUAUCGACAAACAACGAAAGGAUGAAGAUUCGACGAUUACAAGUAUCGAGAAAUGCAAGGAAAGUUUCUCGAAAGACAUUUCGCAAGCGAAUAGCGAAGAACAACAUACUAUCAAUAAUGCGCGGCUCGAAGAAAGCACAAAAGUUGAGAUUAUUGAGAGAAGAAAGGAGAGUCUCGGACAGAUAGAAUCAAGAGAGGAUAAUGAAAUAGAAAAAUCUUAUGAGAACAUCGUGGGAAGCAGCGUACUAACCGCGAGAGGCAUCGACUUAAGCAACCAUAAAGAUUAUCCGGAAGACUUGAAUCCCUUCAAGAGCGACGAAGAGGAUAGCAUUACGGAAAGCAAAGAGCGGACCACGAUAGAUAACUCUAGAAACAGCAAAGUGUCGACUAAUCCGUUCGAUAGCGAAGACGAGGAGGACGUCGAGGAACUUGAACCACCGAAACCAGCGGCUAGGAGUAAACUGGAAAAUCGGGGAAUCGUAACGGGAGCAUCUGUGACCAAGCGGAUUCUGGCUGCGCCGCAAAUCAAUCUCAAUCCAUUCUGGAGUGACGAGGAAGAAGAGCAUGAUAGCGAUGAAGAGGGACGAGGUACAGAGCCGCAAGGAAAUGUACCUAUACCGAAACCGCGGACUAUCAAGACCACCCCUGAGAUAAACGUCGCAUCGCGGAAAGCCGAUUUGAAUCGUGGAAGCAUGUACGCGUCUAAUAGUUCUUUGACUAGCUCCGAAUCGACUACAACUCCCAGCGGGACGUAUAGGAAGAAAAAGCCCGCCCCGCAGCCGCCGGCCGCGAAGGAACUGUUUCCAUCCGAUCAGCGCGAAUCGCCCGUGCUCAAGUCUAACAAUACACUAUCCUCGUAUCAUACUCUCUCAUUAUCACCUCGCACGAUGCCGCGAGCUCGGAAAACCAAGCCGGCACCUCCACCGCCAAUGCCGACCAGCACACCCCGUAACGUAUCGAUCGGUAGCGCGCCAAGUUUCGACGAAUCUCCCAUAAUCAAGCCUCGCGACUACGAUCACAGUCUAAAUAUGUGGGAAGAUCAGAAAACAAACAAAGACGAGGCGAAUCGAAAUAGGCAAAGCUUGAGCGGCAUCUCGUGCUCCGACAGUUCCUCCUACAUGUCUUAUAGUGAUAAAAGCGUCCAAGGAAAAUGGAAAAGGAAAAAGGGUCCCGCCCCACCGCGACCAAUUCCGCACAGAAGAAAGAUCAAAGUGAUAUCUAUGAAAGAUGUAAAAUUAGAAUUAGACGAAAUAGAAUUGCAACAGCAAGGUUUAGAGAGACAAGGCGUACGAUUGGAGCAAUUAAUACGAGAUAAAUGCGAAUCUGGACCUAGAACAGAAGAGUCAUCGCUCGGCAUGGAUGUGGAGGAAUUGGUUUUGGAAUUGUUUGCAUUAGUGAAUGAAAAGAACGAAUUGUUUAGGAGGCAGGCCGAAUUAAUGUUAUUAAGAAGGCAGCAAAGAUUAGAGGAGGAACAUGCUGAAGUGGAAUAUCAAAUACGAUGUCUCAUGUGCCAACCAGAAGCUACUAAAACUGAUUUUGACAAACAGAGAGAAGAAGCAUUGAUACAAAGAUUAGUAGAAAUUGUAGAGAGACGGAACGAAAUUGUCGAAUGCUUGGAGAUGGAUCGUCGAAGAGAGGUGGAGGAAGAUAAAAGCAUAAAUAAACAUAUGGGUUUAUUUGCUGCGAGAAACAAGAACGAGCUAUCGGACAAAAAUAACGAUUCUUCCAACGCGGGAAGAACAAAGAAGGGAAAAGCAAAGGAAAAAUUAAGAAAAUUGAAAAAGGUCGUAAAAAAGGAUGCCGAUAAAGAUGUAUACCAUAAAGUUCAUUUUAAUUAUCGCGGUACAGCAAAGAAAUUGUUUCGUUAA